CAGUCAGGACAACUGAGUGCAGCGGAGUCCCUGCUGGCACCAUGGCACUCACACAGGACCCGACUUUCCACAAGCUGCAGGACUGGCACACGGCCCACGCUUUGAGCCUCAACAUGAGGCACAUGUUUAAUGCUGACAAGGAGAGAUUCAACAAAUUCAGCAAAACACUGAAAACUGAUGAUGGAGACAUUCUUCUGGAUUACUCCAAGAAUCUCAUCACAGAAGAAGUCAUGAAGUUGUUGAUUGAACUGGCCAAGUCGCGAGGUGUGGAAGCUGCACGAGAAAGAAUGUUUGCUGGAGAGAAGAUCAACUUCACUGAGGGCCGCGCUGUGCUCCAUGUGGCUCUGAGAAAUCGCUCCAACACUCCCAUCAUGGUUGACGGUAAAGACGUGAUGCCACAUGUCAACCAGGUUCUGGAGAAAAUGAAGGGUUUCUGUCACAGGGUUCGCAGCGGCGAGUGGAAGGGAUACACAGGAAAGAGCAUCACAGAUGUGGUGAACAUUGGCAUCGGGGGAUCUGAUCUUGGGCCCCUGAUGGUGACUGAGGCUCUGAAGCCGUACUCAGAAGGUGGACCACGUGUGUGGUUCGUGUCCAAUAUUGAUGGAACGCAUAUUGCCAAAACUCUGGCACAACUCAGCCCAGAGACCACGCUCUUCAUCAUUGCCUCCAAGACUUUCACCACUCAAGAGACGAUUACAAAUGCUGAGUCAGCCAAAGAGUGGUUCCUUCAAAAUGCCAAGGAUAAAGCAGCUGUUGCCAAGCACUUUGCUGCCCUGUCCACAAAUGGCCCCAAAGUGAAGGACUUCGGCAUCGACACAGACAACAUGUUUGAGUUCUGGGAUUGGGUUGGUGGUCGUUUUUCCUUGUGGUCUGCAAUUGGAAUGGCCAUUGCCCUGCACAUUGGCUUUGACAACUUUGAGAAGCUUCUUUCAGGUGCUCACUGGAUGGACAACCAUUUCCGCUCAGCUCCUCUGGAUCAGAACGCACCUGUCCUGCUUGCUAUGCUGGGCAUCUGGUACAUCAACUUCUUCCAUGCUGAGACACACGCCAUGCUGCCCUAUGACCAGUACAUGCACCGCUUUACUGCCUACUUUCAACAGGGUGACAUGGAGUCAAAUGGAAAAUACAUCACUAACCAAGGGGCUCGUGUAAACUACCACACUGGGCCGAUAGUGUGGGGAGAGCCGGGCACAAAUGGACAGCAUGCUUUCUACCAGCUCAUCCAUCAAGGAACACGUAUGGUGCCAGCUGACUUCCUCAUCCCAGCACAGUCCCAGCACCCCAUCAGAGACAACCUGCACCACCAGAUCCUGCUGGCCAACUUUCUGGCCCAGACAGAGGCUCUGAUGAAGGGUAAGACCACAGAGGAGGCCAGGAAGGAGCUGGAAGCCAGUGGACUGAGUGGAGAGGCUCUGGAAAAGAUCCUGCCACACAAAGUAUUUCAAGGAAACAGGCCAACCACCUCUAUCAUUUUCAAAAAACUGACACCGUACACACUUGGAGCGCUUAUAGCGAUGUAUGAACACAAGAUUUUUGUCCAAGGUGUGAUGUGGGAGAUCAACAGCUUUGACCAGUGGGGUGUUGAACUGGGCAAACAGCUUGCAAAGAAAAUCGAACCAGAGUUAAAGAGCAGUACAGAUAUCCAGUCUCAUGAUUCCUCCACCAAUGGUCUCAUCAACUUCCUCAAGAAGAACUUUGCCUGAGUCCAAAAAGUUAUUAACCAGCAGCACGUUUAUGCUCGGAUAGAAGACUGACACAGACGGCUGGCUGGUCAAUCCCACAUUAUCAACUUUGUAAUACCAGUAUGUCUUUCUGUGUUUUCUAUUUUUGUGUAGGGAUUUUUUUUAAAUCAGUUCUUUAUCAGUAUGGUGCAUUCUGUUUCUAUACAGCCACAAGGAAUUUACAGUAACUUCUGGAAUAAAUAUCUUGAAACAGU